UUAUAGCUGUCAAUGAACUUCCUUCAAGAGAGUGAUAGCUAGAGAGAAGAGAACUCUUCUAACUACCUAGCCCAGCUACUUCCAGUCCUCCCUGUAUCGCCUAUAAACUUUCCUUCUUUCUCUCAUUCUCCCCGUACCAGCAACAAAGGAUGCUACUAAAAGAGUACAGGAUAUGUAUGCCAAUCACAGUGGAGGAGUACAGGUUGGGCCAGCUCUAUAUGAUAGCAAGACACAGUAAAGAGGAGAGCAGUGAUGGUGAAGGGGUGGAGGUGGUUGUUAAUGAACCAUGCACUGACCCCCAAAGAGGAGAGGGACAGUACACAGAGAAAAGGAUUUACCUACACAAUCGGCUUCCCACUUGGGUUCAAUCUAUGCUGCCAAGAGUAUUUUACAUAAUAGAGAAGUCCUGGAAUUAUUAUCCUUAUACUCUGACAGAAUAUACAUGCUCAUUCUUACCUCGAUUCCUCAUUCAAAUUGAUACCACUUAUCAAGAUAACAAUGGGUCCUCGGAGAACGCCCUGGACCUUGCCCCUGACCUGCUGGAGCAGAGAGAGGUCGAUCACGUCGAUAUCUUGAGUGACGAGUUUUCGUCUCGUGAAACAACUCCCGAGGAGGACUGUCACGCUUUUGUAUCCAGUAAAACAGGACGAGGCCCACUGCAGGAAGGAUGGAAGGAGUCAACAGAGCCAAUUAUGUGCUCGUACAAAGUUGUGAAAGUUUUUUUUGAGGUGUGGGGACUACAGACUCGUGUUGAGGCUGGCGUUCAUAGAGCUGUUAGAGAUAUCAUCUUGAAAGGGCACAAGCAAGCUUUCCUAUGGAUAGAUGAGUGGCAUGGACUAACAAUGGAGGACAUAAGAGAGUAUGAGAGAAAGGUACAUGAGGAGACCAAUAGGAUGGUGCUUUCAAAUGGAACAGGAGCUGUAGCUGAUGGAGCUACUCCUUAACAUCAAAAGGACUCACUUACAAUUAAUAAUUAUUGUUUUAUUGACACCAUACUGAUAAAAAAUAAUUAUUUUCUUGUUAUUAUACAUCACUCGCUUGUUAUCUCUUCUUUACUGUUGUAAAGUUUUAAUUAUUAUUAUAAUAGAAAUACCACAAUUAAUAAUAA